AUGGAACAAAUCGCUUCAAAUACGCCAGAAAGUGGGUCAGACGUUGAGCAGACGACAACAGAUACGGGCAGACGAUCGGACUCCCGCGACGAGCGCCCGUCACCUAGUCCCCGCCCGAGAUACGGCGCUGUUCUCCCUCAGCGGACUAAAAGCUGCGUCAGAAGGGAAUUCACUCUAAAAGUCGAGGCGGAUAAACUGAGUUCUGGAUUGAGUCCGGGGCCGAAUAAGUUAUAUUCUAGCCGGUCGUUGAGGAAUGCGAGGGAGUUGAACCGCGGUGAGCAGCGGCGGUUGGGGCGACAAGUGGACCGGUUGGACCGCCAGCUACACCGGCGGAAGGUGCGCCUGGAUACCGAGAAAAACGAGGUACUGGAUGAAUGCGUGAAGAAAUACCCAAAAGUCCAUAGUCAAACCGUUAAGGCCAAGUUGAUGAUCCGCGGCCAGGGCGAUAUGAUGGUGAGAAAGCUAGGCAACACAAGAUACAAGGAUAUCUAUGAAGACUUCUCGAUAAAGGAUAAACCGCACGAGGAAACACCGCCAAAAAUACCACCGCCGAAGCGAAAAAUGGACCUUGACCCGAAUGCCGUUGAUGCUGUUGCGAAAGCGAACGUCCUCCCGUCUCCCCGGCGAAGUAAGACAGAUUUGUAUGUGAACAGGCGGCUGAAAGAGACAAGACGGGGUACUGAGUUUCAUCUGGAGGGGCAGAGGUGCUUGGGAGGCGAGAGGGAUCGGGGGCACAGCGGAGAAGGGGAUUCACUCCCAAAACUUUCCCCUGCCUCUGGCGUGUCUCCAUCCAAGUUAGUUGACAACAAGUUCGGUUAUGUUAAAUCGCAUGUGUAUCAAUUAGAAACUUUGAAAAAGAAGCACGUGAAUUUGCCGGACUUGGAACGCGAGAUAAGCCAGUCGGCAGAAAAGCAUUUAUACGCGUGCCAGUUACCGCAUCACCGGGGGUCGAAGCGGUCAGACGGAGUGAGGAGCCUGGCACAGACAUUCUCUCCUGCGACGUCAUUGGAUGGGAGCACGGGCCAAUCAAAAUAUACGGAGCAGACGGACUCUGGUCACGUGUCAAAGGUCAAUCUGGUACAUAUUCAGAAGGUUAACAGAAAGACCCAUAGUUUGCCUCCGCUUGACUCGCCGGAGAAUAUAUAUUUGGAUGUGACAUUGCCGAAAGAGACACGGGUGACGGGCACAUAGUGUUUUCGAAUGUGACCAUGCUGGGGUGUAUCCCAAACUGACAGGACAGGGAAAGAGUAGGCCUACAUACAGGUUUGGUGACCUUGAAAAUACUAACAGUGGUGAAAAGGGGAUACACUGGAACGGACGGAGCAUAGUUAAAGAUGACAUUGUCAGGACUAAACUUGGUUCAUUGACGUUGUGUAGACAAAUAUACAAAAACUAUAAACACCAAACGUCUGCAAAGUCGUUUCCUUGAUAAAAGUACAACAUUGUGUAUAACUACAAUUUUAUUUUCCUGGUCACCUGUUAUUACGAACGGUGUACCUCUCCAAUGGAGUUUUAUUUGUAAUUAGGUUUCCUUUUUUGGAGACACCCUGUAUUGUAUCGAGUUCAAAAAUAUCCAUUCAUUGUUGAACAUUAGCGCCCAGAAAAUCAAUGGAGAAGAGAUCGAUCGAUUAAAAAA